UGCUGCUUGCUCUCUUGCUAAAAAACAGAAUUCUCCUUGCUUCCAACCUGGCCUUAACCAGAAUAAGUAUGAAGUCCAACUCAGCAGAGUCCAAAAUGAAAGGUAGGUAAAGGCUCCAAACACCCUGGCCCCGCUCCCCUAACUAAUUUUUUCCCCAUUUCCCGCCUAUAGGAACCCACUCCUGUCCUCCUCUUAGCGGUUCCCAUUUGCAAAUAACUAACUCCAACUAACUUUGCCUCUCCCUCCUUCAACCUUUCCUUUUCCUUCCACUAUUUUCUCUCCAUUUGUCGGCGUUUUCUCGCCGGCAAUACCCUUCACUUCAAUGUCCCUUUCAUCGAAACCUCUCCUAUUCUUUCCUUUCUUGAUCAAAUCCUGAACCCAAGAAACGACGAGGAAACAGGAAAAGAAAAGAAAGAUUGAGAGAGAUUAGCUGAGAUGGAAAACAAUUACGUGCUGGAGAUAACCUUAAUCUCCGCGCAAGGACUUAAGGAGCCAUCCGGUAAACUCCGUCGCAUGCAAACCUACGCCCUCGCUUGGAUUGAUUCUUCCGUCAAGCUCCGUACUUGCGUCGACCGUGUCGGCGGGGAAAACCCUACUUGGAACGACAAAUUCCUCUUCAAGGUUUCAUCGGAGUUUCUUUCCAGCGAGACGUCCGGCAUUUCAGUUGAAAUUUUCGCUGUCGGUGUCCUCCGCGACAGCCUCGUUGGCACCGUCCGGUUCCUCGUCAGUAACUUUCUUCCCUCCGGUUCUGCCUUCAACGCUGCCAAGACUCAUUCUUUCAAUGCAGUUCAAAUCCGCCGACCUUCUGGUAGGUUCCAGGGGGUUCUCAAUAUUGGCGCUACAGUUCUUGACGGCGCCUAUGUCCCGUCAUGGACAGGCGUCUCCGCCAUGGGUUUUCGUGAUCUAAUCGGACACCGGAGCCUGAAAAAGUCAAAGUCUGCACUCCCUAUAUCUCGGGAGAAUUUAUUCCCGGAUUCUGAUGAUCAGUCGGACGGUUGUGAUUCGACGACUUCAUCAUCGUCAUCGGCAUCGGCAUCAACGGCUUUGAAGGAGUGGAAUGCAAUGGUUCGGGAAUUGAAUGGAACGAAUCAUGUAAGGUCUUCAUCAGAGGAUGGAAGAGUGCUUUGCGGAUUGAUGACGUCGUCGCCUAGGAAGGCUGCUUAUCUCUGCCCCUUCAUGUUCAGUCAAAGCUUUAAUGAAGGGAAACUGACGAAUGAACGUUCAAGAUUCGCUUGAUAAGAUUGAGGAAAGAAAGAUUCACCCACGUCUGUUUGAUUAGUGAUCUUUCGAAAGUGUUGUGGUUUGGUCAGUAUGUUUUUCUAGGUUUUUGCAUGCCCUGUUAGACAUUCAACGGAAAAAACUGCUGAUCAGUCCUAUGGAGUUCCUCCUCCUUUUGUUUCUUAUGUUCUGUUCGUUAUACAUUUCAAGUUUGAAAGCCUAAUGAUUUUUGUGAAUUUGUUAAUUGAUGGUAGUUUUCUGACUUUA